ACACUAACGAUGGGCGGGGUGACAACUUUACAUAUUACUUACCUGGGAGAGUGGGUGUAUCGUAAGGUCAAAUUGAUAGGAACGAAAUCCAUAGAAUACAUCCAGGCUUGUGUUUAUUGAAGAAUGACGUGAAAGUCGACCAUUUGAAAGGAGGAGUUCGGCCAUGAUUCCGGAGUGACACGUCAGGUAGCCAAUGCAGUUAGGAUGGGCGUUUCCAUACCCGCCAGUAUUGUAGUAGCUAGUGUCGGCCAUUUUGGAUAUCGGUAGCUUGUUGUUGUUGAGAAGGAAAAAAGGGGGAAAACGGAAAGUUGCUGGAACGGCGAGGUGCCGUGAAGCAGCGAUUGCGAUAUACAUAGUGAAAGGCAGCGAGCAGAACGGAGCAGUUGUGAAUCAAUGUAGUCGUCAGUCACAUUGGUGCAUCAGCGUGUGGAUACACUGUUCUUUGAGCUUUUUCUUCCUUCAAGAUCAACAUUACGGGGUGCAUGAUCGCGGUCUGGAUAAGCACGAACCUGCCAUUAUUGCAGUAUGAGGAGAACCCGCUUGUAGUGGAGGAGUUAUGGCGGAUAAACGGAAAUUGCAAGGUGAGAUUGAUCGGUGUUUAAAGAAAGUCUCUGAAGGGGUAGAGCAAUUUGAAGACAUCUGGCAAAAGUUUAUUCUCGUUUCUCAUCCUCAGCUCCAUAACGCAGCAAACGCAAACCAGAAGGAGAAGUAUGAAGCUGAUCUAAAAAAGGAAAUCAAGAAGUUACAGCGCUUACGGGACCAAAUCAAAACAUGGGUGGCAUCUAAUGAAAUCAAAGAUAAGAGGCAGCUAAUAGAAAACAGAAAACUAAUUGAGACGCAAAUGGAAAGGUUCAAGAUUGUGGAACGAGAAACUAAAACAAAGGCUUAUUCAAAAGAAGGCUUAGGGUUGGCACAAAAAGUGGAUCCUGCACAGAAGGAAAAAGAGGAUGUUGGACAGUGGCUGACGAAUACGAUAGACAAUUUAAAUAUGCAAGUUGAUCAGUAUGAGAGUGAAGUGGAGUCAUUGUCAGUACAAACACGGAAGAAAAAAGGAGAUAAAGAUAAACAGGACCGUAUUGAAGGCCUGAAGCGUCAGAUUGAGAAACAUAGAUAUCACAUACGAAUGUUAGAAACUAUCCUUCGGAUGCUGGACAAUGACUCCAUUGUUGUAGAUGCAAUUCGCAAGAUCAAGGAUGAUGUGGAGUACUAUGUGGAUUCUUCCACAGACCCAGAUUUUGAAGAAAAUGAGUUCUUGUAUGAUGACCUGGAUUUAGAAGACCUUCCACAACCACCCUUGGCAACGUCUCCACCAGGCCACAAUCACAUGGAAGAUGAGAUCUUAAACCAGUUAAGCAGCACGCCAACAUCCACCACGUCUAGUUCACCUAUUCCACCUAGUCCAGCAAACUGUACUACGUUUUUUUCUUAUUACUUGCAGGAGAAUUCUGAAGAUGACAAGAAACGAGGUCGCUCUACUGAUAGUGAAGUUGGCCAGUCACCAGCGAAAAAUGGCUCAAAAAACCCCCUUAGCAAUCAUAUUCCACAGUCUCCUGCAGUAACGACUGGCUACCAGUCAGGAAGCAGUUCGAGUUCGUCAUCUUCACAUGGGAAUGGUAUUGGUAUUAACAGCAAUGGUGGAUUGUCUAGUAGCAAGAACUCUGCAGUUAACCAUACACCUGGCACGCCAACUCCCUAUGCGCAGGCAGCAGCGGGAACGCUGGCAUCCAAUACCAGUGCCUCUCAGCCUCGGCCACCUAGUGUACAGCAAAGUAACAGCAAGCAAAAUGGUGCUACGAGUUACAGUUCGGUGGUAGCAGAGAGCACGACAGAACCCACGCUCAGUAGUAGUAGCAACCAGUUACAGAGUAGUCAACAAGUUUCCCUGAUCCCUCCGACCAGCACUGUCAAGGAAACGAGCAGCACAUCAUUGCCUAUUAGCACGAGUUCCAGUACCAUGCCCAGUUUAUUGUUACCAUUAACUGUUAACCCACCAGGUUCUCCAACGCCCCCUUUCAGUGAAUCAAAACCACAAGUCCAACCACUAUUAAAUGGGCCACACCAGUUCAGCUCCGCUCCAGAUAUGAAGACUUCACCAGAGCCAUUGAGUACCCUGAAGUCAAUGGCAGAGAGAGUGGCAUUGGGUAGCAAUUUAGAAGAUCAAGUUUCAACUUUGCACUUACCAGAAAGAGAAAUACUAAUAACACCUAACUCUACACAGACGGGAUGUACGCAGCCUUCAGCGCAGGUCACGGAGGUGAAUAUCCCACCAUCCCUAGGGGUCUGCCCUCUAGGACCUGUUCCUCUAACCAAGGAGCAGCUUUACCAGCUUACCAUGGAGGAGGCAGCAUGGAAUCAUAUGCCUCACCCAUCAGACUCCGAGAGAAUACGACAGUAUCUCCCUCGAAACCCUUGUUUGACACCUCCGUAUCACCACCAGGUGCCUCCCCCUCAUUCGGAUACAGUAGAGUUUUACCAGAGACUUUCAACAGAGACAUUAUUUUUCAUCUUCUACUACCUGGAGGGCACCAAAGCACAGUACUUGGCAGCUAAAGCGCUUAAAAAACAGUCUUGGAGGUUUCAUACAAAGUAUAUGAUGUGGUUUCAGCGACAUGAAGAGCCGAAAACAAUAACUGACGAAUUUGAGCAGGGAACUUAUAUUUACUUUGACUAUGAAAAAUGGGGCCAGAGGAAGAAAGAGGGUUUUACCUUUGAGUACCGCUACCUAGAGGAUCGGGACUUACAAUGACUGGCAGCUGGACUGUUUAGGGCCCGGAACUGGAUGAACUGUCCAUUAGCCCUGUGCUGCCUUGUACAAACCAACACCUCACCACCAUCACCUCUGGACUGACUCAGACACAAAGACACUUUAAAAUGCAUGCAGAUGAAAAAGAAAAAAGGGAGAUGAGGAAAGAAAAAAUCAAUUUGUGAAAUCAUGACAUUUGCAAUUUUAAGUGCACUAACCAUUUUCAGAAAUAGUGCGUUUGGUUAAUAAAAAUAACUUAAAAUCAAACAAUGUUUGUUAACAAAAAAAAAAAUCCCCAGUUUUUCUGGAUGGGGAAAAGAGAGCUCUGCAUCCCCUUUCCUCAAUCCCUCCCCAUUACGUUUCCCAUCAUUUUGUUGGGUUUCUUUUUCUCAUUUUGGCAAUUGUCAUUUUAUUUUCCUUUUGGUACACCAUGCAUCAGAGUGUUUAAAAUAUGAAGUCUGUACCACCAAAAUUAAGUGGUAUAGAAGCUGGUUUAAAAUAUUUUUCGUAAACCUAUUUUCAUUUUGGAAAAUAUUUAUGAAUAAAUAGUUUUAUAUGA